AUGGAGCCAGUUAGCCACCCCUCCAUCACCAGGCCAGUUAGCCAUACCUCCACCACCAGGCCAGUUAGCCACGCCUCCACCACCGGGGCAGUUAGCCACCCCUCCACCACCAGGCCAGUUAGCCACCCCUCCACCACCAGGCCAGUUAGCCAUACCUCCAUCACCAGGCCAGUUAGCCAUACCUCCACCACCAGGCCAGUUAGCCACGCCUCCACCACCGGGGCAGUUAGCCACCCCUCCACCACCGGGGCAGUUAGCCACCCCUCCACCACCAGGCCAGUUAGCCACCCCUCCACCACCAGGCCAGCUAGCCACACCUCCACCACCGGGCCAGUUAGCCACGCCUCCACCACCGGGCCAGCUAGCCACGCCUCCAUCCCUGGGCCAGGUAGCCACGCCUCCACUGCCAAGACAGGUAGCCACACCUCCAUCUGCAGCUGUGAAUUCAUCACACAAGAGCUCGCAGGCAACGUCGAGUCAAUAAACACAAACACGGCAAGCGGAGAAGAUGACGUUGAGCUCCAAAUCCCUCUCAGCGCCUUCUCUGCAGCCCUGGGGGACAGCGGCGAGGUGGUGAGCAUCGCUGCCCUCUGGUUUAAGGACGACAGCCUGUUCCCGGUGAACAGGGAGGAUACCCUUCUCAAUGGUCGCGUGGUGGCUAUUGACCUGGGCAAGGAUAUUUCUGGCCUCACUGACUGCAUAAACAUCACUUUUUACCACCAAAAUGCAAGUCUGGUGAGUAAGACAAACGCAAGCUGCGUGUUCUGGGACGUUGCUGAAAAUGGUGAGGCGCACUGGAGCAGGUUGGGUUGUCACUCUGAAACACAAGCGGGGAAGGUCUUGUGCUCCUGUAACCAUCUCUCCUUUUUCGCUGUGCUGCUGGUGAGAAAGGCUCCUGUUGACAUUUCUAGUCCCUCACUCCCUCCCCUUAGCCCCUCCUCCGUCUGGCUUCUCACGCUGUUGUCCAGAAUCGGCAGUGGGGUGUCCGUGGUGUUCCUGACCCUUGUCCUCUUCAUCCACGCAGUCUCCAGGAGGAGUAAAUCUGAGCACUCCCUCAGCAUCCACCUCCACCUGUGCGUGGCACUGCUGUGCCUCAACCUGACCUUUCUCAUCAACGACAGCCUCACCGCUCUGGGUAUUGGGGAGGUCUGCAUCCUCAUCGCAGCGGUAAUGCACUUCUCCCUGCUCGCCACCCUCACCUGGUUCGCCAUCGAGGGCUUCCACCUCUACCUGCUCGUCGUCCGCGUCUUCAACAUCCACUUCAGGAGAUACCUGCUGAAGCUGGCCCUGGCUGGCUGGGGUGAGCUACAGGAGAUUGUCUGCUGUGCCUUACAGAAGCAGUGCUGGCUGAAUGACUCGGUACUGUUUCACCUCACCUUCGGCUUUUUUGCGCUGGUGUUCCUGGUGAAUCUGGUGAUAUUCGUCACCGUGGUUGUGCGCGUUGUACGUGCCCGGCAGCUUAGCCCCGCCCUGCUGGAGAAGGGCGUGACCAAGCGGGACGUCUUCAGCCUGAUCGGCUUGUCCUGGCUGCUGGGUGUGUCCUGGGGUGUGCUGCUUUUUGGGUUCGGGCAGCUCACAGAGGCUGUCUUCUUCAUCUUCUGCACCAUUAACUCUCUUCAUGGCUUCUUCCUGUUCCUGCGCUACUGCUCUCUGACCAGAAAGAAGGGAUCAGCUGACCGGAGGAAGACCACCACCACAACCACCUCGUACCAGUCUUAG